UCAGCGGGGGAAUAAUAAUCCAGAAUGGCGACUAUCUUUACACAGUCCAUGUAGACCAAGUACUUAUAUUCCCGCCCCCAUAACGUGACAAAUAGUGACGUUGAAUUUACAACAUCAUAUGUUAACAAUAAACUAAAUAAAUUGUACAAUGAUAAUAGAUAAUCCAGAUCAGUUCAAAGCUUGGUUAACAGCAGUUUUGGAACCACUGUGUGAUGCGGAUCCAGCGGCUCUUGCCAAGUAUGUUUAUGCCCUGGUGAGGAAGGACAAGACAUUGGAGGAGCUCAGUGGGUGCAUGGUGCAGCAGCUUGAUGUGUUCCUACAAGAUGAGACCCAAAAUUUCGUGGAGCUGUUGUUCAAGACACUAGAGACCCAGAACUACGUUCUCCCAGCACCCAGAAGUGACCCACCGAGGAGCAGAACACCACCGAGUGUGAAUCUCCCAGCACCAAUGGUACAACCUGAGCCAAUGGAGGCGCCAGUGCCUCAGAAUCCACCAGCAGCAUCGAGUCCACCUCUGCCACAGGUGAAUGGUGCAGCAGUGGUGGCAGUCAGUAGUAAACGUGAAUCGAGAAAGUCGGAUUCCGAAAAGGAUGACAAGGAGAAGGAGAAGAGACCCAGGAGUCGGGGGAGGAUGAGAUCGAGGACGAGAUCGAGGUCUAGGUCGUGGGAGAGGGACCGAAGGAGGUCUAGGAGUCGUGAGCACAUCAGGAGGGACAGGGAGAGGGACAGGAGUCGACCCUGGAGGAACAAGUCACCUCCGUCGAGUGUGAGGAGGCACGAGAGAAGACGGAGCAGGAGUAGAAGUAUAUCUCCCCUGCGUUCCCGCACCCGUGAGAACCCGGAGCCCCGAGACCACAGGGCAAGAUUCAGAAAUCGUUCGCCAACGCCCCUGCGCUCCAGGUCUCGCUCCAGAUCCCUCGAGCCCAAGAAGACCGAGAGAUCCGAGAGGCCUGCAGAGCCAACGAGACUGGAGCGUUUGGACGCCAGUCCAGGGGGUACCCCCACCCAGGACAGCAAUCACGGUGACAUCGACAUGAGACUGUCAACGACUAGUCAGUCGAUCCAGAGUGUCGUGGCAGUGGCAUCCACUGCUCCCAACAACAGUACAGGAUUCCAGGGAAAAAGACGCUGUCGUGAUUUCGACGAGAAGGGCUACUGCAUGCGAGGGGAUUUGUGCCCUUACGAUCAUGGAACUGAUCCUGUUGUCCUGGAGGACGUGGCUCUCAGCAGAGUGUUGACGUUUGGACCCCAUGGGGCACAAGCACCCAGUACAGUGCCAGUUGCUGCUGUUCAGGAGGCACCACCUGGACACAAUGGCAAUGCUCCACCCCCUCAUUUACCACUGGCCAGUUUACCACCACCUCAUUUGAGAAAUCAACAUCACUCCAAUAUGGAAUACAAUCCAGACGCCCCGAGCAUGGAGCCACGUCUCCCCUGGGGUAGGCAUCCCCCAUCAGCGCCAGGUAUCUACGGUCGUGGCCAGCGUGAAUUGAUAAGUGUACCAGUGAUACCCCAUGCAAAUCCACCAGAGAUAACUCAUCCCCAGACCAAUCCCCUCAAGCGCAAGCAGACAUUUGACUUCAAUCGUCUUGGGCCGAAGCAACGAGCUGUGCACAAUCCAGCUAAUUGUUCCCUAGAGUUGAAAAAAGUACCUCGUGUUCUCAAUAACAUAACCCAACUGAACAAUCACUUCUCCAAGUUUGGAAAAAUUGUAAAUAUACAAGUGAAUUUUGGCGGCGAUCCAGAGGCCGCUCUCGUUACAUUUCAAUUGCCCACUGAGGCGAAGGCUGCGUACCGGAGCACCGAGGCUGUGUUGAAUAAUCGUUUUAUCAAGGUGUUCUGGCAUAAUAAUGUUACCAAUAAUUCCGCUGGAGGUGCCAUUGAAAAUGUUCCACCAGCAGGUUGUCGACCCUCCGUAAAAGAGCGUCUGGGUGCAGCAGUGCCCCUCCCAGUGAAGUCUGAGGACACGGAGUACGUUCCAACCCGUCGUCCAACAGAGGAAAGCUCGCAGACGCCCCCGGCGCCCCAGCCGCAGCCCCAGGUGUCCCAGAGCCUGGUGCCCCCAGUCCAGAGGACCCAGUCAACUGCUCCACCCCCUCCCACCCGCGAGGACCGAGUGCUGGCGAUAAAGAAGACCCAGGAGAUUCUCGCCGCCAAAGAGACCCUCAAGAAGAAGCAAGAGGAGAAGCGCAAAGAGGCCAUCAAAAUAACAGCAGACCUCCGAAAAAGAAAGCAGGAGCUCCUCGACAAGAACCUCAUCGAGAUAAGAUCAUUGAUAGAGAAGGCGGAGAAGAAUCCAGAGCAGAAGGAGGCAAUCAUGGGGACGAUAAAGCAUCUGCAGCAGUCGAUCGAUCAACUGCGAAAGGAUCUGGCGACUAAUGGGCAGUCAGGGACGACUAAGAGUCAGCCAAAGUCGAGGGAGCAGACGCAGAAGGAGAUACUGGACGCCGAGUUGGAUCUGAUGACUGCACAGCAGGAGGGACAGGACUCGGCGGAGCUUCAGAAGAGGCUCAAUGAACUCAGGGCACAGGCGGCUGCGCUUGGAUUGAGCACAUCCACUGCUGUGGGGAGGGGCAUCAAGGUGCCCAGGGUUGUCAGGGGCGGACAGACUGCUGCUUACAGGGGGCGGGGAAGAGGAAGCUUUGCUCAUGUCUCGGUGGAUCACAGGCCCACGGGGCUACUCAUAUCCGGGUAUGAGAGCGAAGAGAAGGGGGAGGUUCUUGCGCAUUUUCAGCAAUAUGGUGAGAUCAUCAAUCAGAUUGUGGACGACGCGACCCCCUCAGUAAUGAUCACUUAUAAAUCCCGGAAGGAGGCUGAAGUGGCAAUGCUGAAGGGUCGAACCUUUCAAGACAGAUUACUGUCAGUCACCUGGGUGUCGGGGCAUCAUCUCCAUCGUGGUGGGGGCAGUUUGAGCGCCGGGGCUAACUCUAAUGCGGCAUCUGCUCGGUCUGAACAGGCACAAGUGAUCGAUGAUGAUGUUGAUCUAGAGGGAACAGCCGAAGCCCUUCUUCUCGAGGAGAACGAGGAGGAGGAGGACGAGGAUGGUGAGCCACGAAGUUGGCGUCGAUAGCAGCAUCGUUCAUGACGAUAUUCACCAGCUAUCAUAAAUAGUCACACAAUCAUUCACUCAAUGUGUGAAUGUACCCUUGGCACAUGUGCCAGAAAUGCACCGAUGGUUGUUUACACACCCGCAUCAUCAAUUAAAAUUAUUUACAAUAUUUCAACGGGUCGUGGACACAUCGACAUUAAUAUGAGUGUUAUAUUUGUUAUUAAUAAUUGUAACAAAAAAAAUAAUAAAUUUUUUUUUCUCUCCUU